AUCGCCGAUAAAAGUAUCUACGAUCAUACCCCAAUCGCACACGCGCGAUAGCGAAUUACGACGACUUGAUUCCGCUUGAUUUGACUCGACGGACGUAGUCCGUAUCGAACAGUACCGAACGCUUCGUACAGCGUACGUACUUCGUACGUGCUGGUGCGCACACCCAGUGAUACGCAAGUGUACGUGUUUAUAAAGAAAAGACGCCGCCGCUCCUUUCCUUCUUUUUCCUCUUCCUUUCUUUCUUUCUUACGCGCGCAUUCUCUGCAUGCCGGUCGGUACGUUCCAUGAGAUAUAAGUAUACAAUAAAGAAAAUUCGCGUCACGAUCCCAAGGUUCUAGCUGGUACCGGAAGUGCUGCGAGUGUCGAAAAGUGCCGGAAGUGCCGACCGAUUUCAUCCAAGCCAUCACGCGACAACAACUCUGAAACGUAAAUCGCAACGUACGGAGGAUGAGCGUUAACCCAAACGCGCCGAGUACGAGCGGAUAAACGCACGAGCCCCAGCGCAGGUAUAUACAAAGGUCGAAUCCUCGGCCAAGGAAGGAGGGAAGCGAUGGUGGUGGAGUGGCUAUGCCCUGGACUCAGGCCGACCAGGAGCAACCGGCCCCGUCUUUUGCAUUGCAAGGUGAUUCUCCUGGACGAGCACGAAUUGCUGCAGGAUAUCCUGAGCUCGAACCUGGGCCAGGAAUUGUUGGAUAGAGUGUUCAAGCACCUUAACUUGCUGGAAACUUCUUAUUUCGGGUUACGCUAUCUCGAUCACGGAAAUCAGACGCAAUGGCUCGAUCAAAGCAAAAAGCUCGGCAAGCAACUGAAGAUUCAUAAAGGAGAUCCUGGAUCGGACGUUCAUACUCUCUACUUCGGUGUGAAAUUCUACGCGGCGGAUCCGUGCAAGCUCAUUGAAGAAAUUACCAGGUAUCAAUUCUUUCUCCAAAUAAAGCAAGAUAUUCUGCAAGGAAGACUGCCCGUAUCCUUUGAUCUAGCCGCAGAAUUGGGAGCCUACGUUGUCCAAUCGGAACUUGGAGAUUAUGAUCCUAGACGACACUCGCCCGGAUACGUCACCGAAUUUCGAUUUCUCGCCAACCAAACCACGGAACUGGAGAAUCGUAUAGUAGAGAUUCACAAAACUCUUAUAGGACAAUUACCUUCAGCAGCGGAAUUAAAUUAUUUGGAUAAAGUAAAGUGGCUGGAAAUGUACGGGGUAGAUUUGCAUCCCGUAUUGGGUGAGGAUAGUGUGGAAUAUUUUCUGGGUCUAACACCGAGUGGAAUAAUAUUGUUACGGAACAAAACCAAAGUGGGAAAUUAUUACUGGCCUCGAAUAAAUAAAAUCUACUAUAAGGGCAGAUACUUCAUGCUGAGGGUAAGCGAAAAGAAUUCUGAGGAGAGAACGCACGGCUUCGAAACACCAUCGAAAGGAGCCUGUCGUCACCUCUGGAAAUGUUGCUUGGAACAUCAAGCUUUUUUCCGAUUAAUGGCGACCGGUCCACCGCCCCUUAGUCCGUACUCGCGCUUUCAUUCGUACAGUCCUCCAUCCACUUUGGAGAAGCACGCGGGUAUUAGACGAAACCCACCGCCGUUUCAAAGGACUCCCAGUCGAAGAGCGCAGAGACGAGUCGUCGAGGGUCAAGAGAUGGUCGGGUCAUUCGUCGAAACACCCGUCACUGUAAUCUCAAAUCCAAGCAACAAUCCAUCCAGCGGUAAUAUAUUAUGCAAUACGCAAAGGCAGAUAAACACAUCGAGUCCGAGAAGCACGAGAAGCGCGCCGUGGACGCAGAGUCAACCUCGCGGCCUUUACACCUCGUCUAGUCCUCGCUCCGUUCGCUCCGCGGGAACGGCGCCGGCGCUCUUAAGUAGACUUCAACGUCGGAGCAGUUCGGUGGAGAGUCAAAGUUCAGGGGACAGUCAUAGUCGAAGUGGUCACCGUAGACGAAGUCAUAGUCAUAGUCAUCGUCGACAUAGCAGACAUUCCGAUUGCGAGUCUGAGCUUUCGAGAGGUUCAGAUACGAGAUCCGGCCAUCGAAAACAUCGCAGAAAACACAGAAACUCUCGUUCCUCUAGUAGACACGAGUUGGUAGAUUCGGAGCCACAAUGGAGAGAGGCGCAGAAACGAAAAGAAGGUGUGCAAAAAGCUAUCGUGAGUCACACGGAACCCAGAAGAAGACACAGAAGCAGACAUCGAAGCCCUUCUCAGAAACAACCACUGCCGGAUGAACUUCGAAAACACUUGGAAUUUGGCCUAAUCGACACUAGCGGGAUGAGCGAGCAGCAACGUCGAGAGAUAUCCUACACGGUGGUACAGUCGCAAUCUGUACAGCAAUCUCCCUUACAGUCUAACAAUUCUCGAUUGGACGACACAGAUUCAUCGUCCCUGCCUAGCUGUGACACUCAUUCGCUUCUGGCUGUGUUCCAUGGAAUUUCAAAGGCGAUGCGUGCCGAUCGCCUUCAUACUGGGGUCAUAUUUUAUCCGUGUGUUUUUAUUUCUCAUGCAUUAUGUAUAUUAUAGUAUGCGCCAUGUAUUUGUGUAAUAAAUGUUGGUAAUUUGGGAGGACGGACGAUGUCAACGUUCGAGGCUCGGGACACUUCAUGUUCCGAGUCUUUCUUAUGACAUUCCUCGUAUAUCCCAUUCAAUUCCCUACACGUACCCGGCGCAUCUUGUGCAUUUUAUUAUUUUACAAUCUCUUUGUACCUCAAAAAGUUACGCUUUAAAAUGCGCCGCGAUACAGUUUACAAAACAAUAGCGAAUGUAUUAAUGGAGUUUGUGAUUUUACAUUAAUUUUGAUAACGUGUGCACCGUAAGAAUAUAAUCGAAGUGUGUGUAAAUUAACUGUAUGUACUAAAACAAAAAAAAAAGAAAAACACGCAUCAAUCUGAGUCGAGUACAGUGAACCUACUAGUCGCUA